AUGCCUCUAUGGAUAGUUCCGUGCACUAUCAGCAGUUAUGUUUUGGCUCAAUAUGCUUUAUUUUUGAACAUUAUAACUCAAAGGUUCAACAGCAUCAACAAAACAAUCCUUAAGUUUGGUAAUAUGGACUCAGAUGAUGAACUAAGCACUAUAUUCACUGAUAAAAUUACUCUUUGCAAGCCAAUUGUCAAUGACAUUGAAAACGUAAAUCAUGCCAAUUUGGAACUGUGUAAUAUUUGUAAUAAAAUGGCGGAUUUUUAUACAUUUCCGAUGUUGAUAACAGUCAUUUAUUUCAUGAUACUAUCUAUGAUGAAUUUGUACUUUCUGAUUGGGGCAACUAUUACCCAAAGUGACGAGCUAACGCUUUUUGAUGCGAUCGAAAGUGGCGCUACGGUUUUAGUUGCUGUGAAUUGUUUCGUUGCGUUAAAUAUCAACGUCGUCAGGGUUGAAAGUGAACUUGAAGAAACAGCUUCCUGCGUUCAUUUACUCAUGGACAGAUGUCUUCUGAACCAAGAAGUGGAAAAAUCGUUGAUCAAAUUCUCAUGGGAUCUUUUGCAUAGAAAUCUCGGACUAAGUAAUUACAGGAUAAUUGAGUUAAAUGGUUCUUUCAUAUCAUCGGUUUUUGGUACCAUUGUUACGAACCUCAUUUUACUGUUUCAAUUUCGUCCUUCAUGA